AUGGCCAGCUCCAAAAUCACGUCGCCAGACAAGGUGACUCUCACAGAAUUUCAGGAGCUUCUCGCUAGCUACCAACCUCUGAUUGACUCCAUUUCAGCCUCCAAAGGCGCCAAGCCUGGUCAGAAGACCCUGCAAGAAUUGGAUAAGUUCCGUUUCGUUGAAGCUCCCACCCACUUCUCGUAUGAUGACAAGAAGCGGGCCAUGGACCAUGACGAUGUCAAGACUCUGGUUGAUUGGAAGUUACGUCACGGCAAAUUUCGGCCGACCCUGAUGAAGCUUGUGUCAUCGAACGACUCUUCGACAGUCCAGGAAAUCGUGGAAGAAGGCAUUAAUGUCUACCAAGACACAUCAGAUCCUUCUGCAUCACUUAAUAUCUUGACCAAGUUGAAGGGCAUUGGUCCCGCGACUGCUUCGCUUCUGCUAGCGGUACACUUUCCGGACCAGAUUCUGUUCUUCUCCGAUGAAGCAUAUUAUUGGCUCUGUAACAAUGGCCAAAAAGCAUCGCUCAAAUACAACACGAAGGAAUACGAUUCCCUCAACACUGAGGCGCAAAAAUUAACAAAGAGACUGGGUGUCUCCGCAAUGGAUGUUGAGAAAGUGGCCUACGUCUUGCUCAAAAAAGAGGGUCCCGUCUCUCAAGCCAAACCCAAUGACUCGACUUCCAAGGCCACAAGUAAUAAGAAGGACGUAGAAAAGCCAGCACCUGCGAAGAGGAAGAAGAGCUCUGAUGCAGUGCCUGAAGACAAAGGCCCAGUUCGACGAUCGAAACGCGGGAAGGCGGCAUAA